UGAUAACGGAAAACCGUUCUAAAGCUAUUAAACGGAUAUGAAUAAAGUAUUAUAAACAUCAUAAAAAAUGGAUUCACCUCCUUCAAGUUCUACCUGGUCGGAGGCAGCAUUUAUGUUAAGUGAUGAUAGUGGUUUACUUCUUACAAGUGGUUCUGUCUCCAGCGGAAGUGUUAGCGGCGAAAGCCGUAGUGGCCGAUACAAAUUGAAUAUGGAGUUAUUGGAGAGCGACGGUGAAGAUAAAUCGUUAUCUCAAGCCGAUUCAUUAGAUGGAAUGUCUGAUGGUAUGUGUGGAGAAAAUUUUAAUACAUUAAAAAAAGGCCCGACUACAAAUUGGUGUGAAAUGUUACUAUCACCAAAAAUAAUGGCAUCCAUUGAUCCACCACCUGAGUUUCAAGAUGAUCCGAUACCAGUUGGAAAAUUACAUUGUUCAUUACCCAUAUGGCUGGAUAAACUUGCAAAUCAUUUAAUGAAAUCAGUAUUAGAAGAUGCUUUAGCAAUAUGUUGUAAAAUAACGUGGUCAAUACAAUGUUCACAAGAUUGUCAUGCAAUAGUUACAGAGCAUCGACCACGCUAUCAUAAUAUGAUGGUACCACGUUUAUGUUGGACACCAGAAUUAUUCCCAUAUAGUCCAUGUCAUGCAAAUCGACCGAAUUCACGUAAUUCGUUAACCCCGUCCCGUUUAUCUAGUUCACAUAAUUCAUUAAAUUUAACAUCGAGUAAUCGUGUGGAUGACUCAAAUUUUAUCACUCAAGCUGUAUCACAUGAUGCGUUGUUAAGUGGUGGAGGUCAAAUCAGCGAUAUAUAUAAUGUUCCAUUCGAUAGUGAUAUAUAUGCAAUGCCUAUUGAUAUGGUACGACCGAGGACACCGCCACGAAGACGUGAUAAACAAUUUAAAUAUCAACGUAGAAGACGUCGGAAUGUAUCUGCCGGUUCACAAUUUGAACUUGCAUGGCAUGUAGCACAAGUUACACAAUUUACUGGGAAACCACGUGCUAUAUCACAUGUUAUUAAAUCGCAAGCAUUAUUGUCCGAUGUAUGUAGUAAUGGUAAAAGACACAGUGUACCAGGCACAGCAGUACCACAACCAGAGACUGAACCAAUACAUAUGACGCUACAAGAAGUGCGACAAUAUUUACAAACAUUAUAUUCAAGUUCAAGUGAUUCAUCAGAUAAUAAAAAUCAUAAAUCAACAAUAGAUAAUACAAAUAAAUUUGAAAAUAAUGUAUCCAUCAUAUUAAAUGGUGAAUCAACAAAUAAUAAUACAUCAACAACAAAAUAUGGACAUAAUAACUUAUCAAAUAAUAAUAAUAAUCGUAGAAAAAAUAAUAAGAAAAAUACAUUUGUUAUAAAUAUGAAAAAUAAAACUAAAAUAAAAGAUAGUAAUAAUAACAAUAAUAAUGAGAAUAGUAUUAGUAGUCAUAAUAAACAAGAUAAAAGAAAAAAAUCACCAGCUAGAACAUUCUCAUCAAAUUUAAAGCAUACAAUAUGUAAUUUCUUUAGAUUUCGUAAGAUAUCAUCAUCAUCAUCAUCACCAGAACAUAUUAAACGUGAAAUUGUUGUUGUGGAUGAGGAUGAUGAAAAUAAUUGUGAUAGUAAAAAAGUAAUACCUGUACAAAAGAGAGCUUUACCACCGUUACCAUCAUCAAAUAAUGAGCAAGAUAUUAAUGAUGAUGCUGCUGAAUUAAGUAUGGAUUUUGCUACAAAUAUAGAAAAAGUAAAAAAUUACGGAUGGUAUUGGGGUCCCAUAUCAGCAGAAGCUGCUGAAAAAAUAUUAUCAAAUGAACCGGAAGGUUCUUUUAUAGUACGUGAUAGCAGUGAUGAUCAUUACAUAUUCUCAUUAUCAUUUAAAUUAAACGGCUGUGUUCGACAUGUUCGUAUAGAAAAUUAUCAAGGUAAUUUUAGUUUUGGAAGUUGUACGAAGUUUAAAUCACACACAAUAGUUGAAUUUAUUGAAAAUGCGGUUGAGCAUUCAAGGAGUGGCCGAUAUUUAUUCUUUUUACAUAGAAGGCCAGUACUUGGUCCAAUGCGGGUACAACUUUUACAUCCCGUAUCACGGUUUAAACAAGUCCAAAGUUUGCAACAUAUGUGCAGAUUUGUGAUAUUAAAAUUAGUAAGGCGAGAUUUAGUAGGAGAAUUACCAUUACCAAGAAGAAUUAUCGAUUAUUUAAGAAUGAAACAUUAUUAUUCAGAAUUAUUAUCCGAAUCUGAAGAGUCAGAAGGGAGUGGUACUGGAGCCGAUUAUAAAAGAACGACUACAGCAACAUCAACACCUCAACAAGGUUAUUCAUGAGUGAGAAUUUGGUCAUAAUGUAAAUGAGAUUAUUGUGAUUCACAACACACUCAGCAUUCACUAAUAUGUGUGCUAAACUCAAAAAAUAAGUAACAUUUUAUAUUAACCUAACAAAAAAAAUACCUGAACGUUGCUUUAAGCAAUUUUGUUGCACAUCGUGAAACAUUUUUAUUAUUAUUUUGGUGAUUUAUAUACGAUUUCAAUAUAAAACCUUUUUUCCCGUAGAUGAAAAAAAAUUUUUUAUAUACAAUUUUGUAAUAUAUUCAUUAAAAAUGUCUUCGAGGGUAUUUUAAGUCGCAAGGACUGCGAAAAGAACAAAUUUUAAAUAUCUAAGACGCAGGAUCAUAUCUCAUGUAGGUGUUUGAGAUAAUUUUUAAACGGGGAAAAAAUGGGAUAAAUGUAAGUUUUAUUAAUAAAUCUUGCUAUUACAUUUGGGAUUAAUUUGUCUCUAUUUAUUGUAAUAUGUUAAAAAUCCACAAAAUCAAAGGCAAUACACUGUCACAAAGGUAUCGGAAAUUAUUAAAAUACACAAUUUUUGUUCACUCAUCAACCUCCAUUUUCUUUCCUUGUAAUUAGAACCCAUUUGAUGAAACAUAUUUACACGUAAGUGAUUUCGGCCUACUUAAAACAAGUACA